CCUCACGGCUGCUCGCUGGGUGUUCUUCUUCUUCCGCUCGAUUGAUCAGUUCGUCAAGCUACAGAAAAAUUCAACCAGUUCACUUUCUCACCGCUGGUUUCCAAUGGAUCCUCAACCUGAGCCAGUGAGCUACAUCUGUGGAGAUGCUCAACAACGUAAAAAAGUGGUGGUUUGUGGUGGUGGAGUCAUCGGAGUCUGCACUGCAUACUUCUUAUCCAAAAAGGGCGCAGUCGUAACAUUAAUUGAGAAAUCCUCCGUUGCCUGCGCUGCCUCAGGCAAGGCUGGAGGCUUCCUUGCCCUUGAUUGGUGCGACGGUGGGUCCCUGUCAUCCCUUGCACGUGCCAGUUUCAAUCUCCACCGGUUACUGUCCGAAGAGCUCAAUGGUCCCCAGUCUUACGGUUACCGUCCCCUCACUACUCUGAGUCUAGACAUCACUGAAGCUUCAUCAUCUUCUGGAAGCCCGUUGUAUAAAAGCCAAGGCCCAAAACUCCCUUCUUGGGUUGAUGGCCCAGCUAAAAGCCCCAGGAUUCUUGGUACUACUGAGACAACGGCCCAAGUGCAUCCUAAGCUCUUCACCAAAACGCUUUUGAACAAGGCGGUUGAGGAAUAUGGCCUCGAGGUGGUGACAGGGAAGCUGGAGGAGGUGGAGGUGGCUGAGGGAAGAGUGAAGGCGGUGGUGCUGGAGAGAGGGACAAGGAUCGAGGCUGAUGCUGUUGUGCUGGCUCUUGGGCCUUGGACAAGUAAAUUGCCCCUGUUAAGGUCCUCAUUUAGGGUGUCUGGGCUUAAAGCCCACAGUAUCAUCUUGGAACCAAAAGAUCCUGAUGCUAUUACUCCGCAUGCACUGUUUCUGAGUUAUUAUUCGUCCCAAGGUGGGAAACCUAUGGACCCAGAAAUCUAUCCUCGUCCAACAGGGGAAGUAUACAUCUGUGGGAUGUCAGCUGGGGCUGAGGUUCCAGAUGAUCCAGAGCAAAUAUCACCAGUCCCAGAAUCCAUAAGAGUGCUCAAGAGAGUGGCUAGCAAUGUGUCAAGCCAUCUAGCGGAAAGUGAAGUAACAGUAAAGGCAGCACAAGCAUGCUUUUUGCCGUGCACGGAUGAUGGAAUGCCAGUUAUAGGCGAAAUGCCUAGCGUAAAGGGGUGUUUUGUUGGGACUGGACAUAGCUGUUGGGGGAUCCUGAAUGGCCCUGCCACUGGUGCCUCCUUGGCUGAGCUUGUGCUUGAUGGUCAUUCUAGCAUUGUUGAUAUUACCCCGUUUAGUCCGUCUAGAUUUGCUUUUGCUAGGUAGUGGUUAAAAGAAAAAGGUGCUGCUGCUUUUGGAGUUCAAUCAAUUCAUUUUGUUGUAAGUAUAUCAGCGGAAGCUGAUGUUUCAAUGAAGGAUUCGAAUGUUCUCAUUCAAAAAAAUAAAAGGAUGUAAAAAACAUUUGUAAGCAAUUCUCCGAUGCUAAAUUUCCGAAGCUUUUUGGAGUUUUGCAUAUUUCGAAGUUUUUGUAGAAGGCUGAUUUAUUUAUUUAUUUAUUUCCUGGCAGCAUUAGCGAC